AUGCUCGUUGCUUGGAUUAGUAAUACAUUGGAUGAUUGGUUGCGCUUCACCAUUGGAGACUAUGACUAUGUGAGCGAGUUAUGGGUACACUUACAGCAACGAUAUUGUGUUGUUAGUGGUACUAGAGUAUGUCAAUUGAAGAACUCUUUGGGAGAAUGUAAGCAAACGACCACGGAGUCGGUGACGGAGUAUUUUGGCCGUUUAUCUAAAAUAUGGACGGAGUUGCUACAAUAUUCUCGCGUUCCAAAGUGCUCUUGUGGACAGUGUAAGUGUAAUAUCACCAAGCAAGUAGGUGAUAUGAGAGAUGAAGACUACUUAUAUUAUUUUAUGAUUGGUCUAGACAAUUCGUAUGAGGCAAUUCGGGCUCAAUUGUUGGCACAAACCCCUUUGCCUCAUGUGGAUAAUGCGUAUCAAGCAGUGAUAAAUACCGAGAGACUUUGCUCUAAGGAUGGAAAGCCGAAGGAGAAUGUUUUGGCGUUUAAAGUAGACUCAAGAGUUAAGUCGAGCUCGGGUGAUGGUGAAAAACCUUUUUGCACCCACUGCAAUCGGGAAGGUCAUGAUAAAGAUUAA